AUGAGUGCGCCAUUGCCGAAGAGAAUCAUCAAGGAAACGGAGCGGCUACAAAAUGAGCCAGUACCCGGGAUAUCUGCGCAACCUCAUGAUGACAACGCUCGUUACUUUGAUGUGAUUGUAGAAGGACCAGGAGGGAGCUGCUAUGAGGGUGGCGUAUUCAAGUUGGAGCUCUUCUUGCCCGAUGACUACCCGAUGUGUCCACCGCGGAUACGAUUCCUCACCAAGAUCUAUCAUCCCAACAUCGACCGACUCGGCCGCAUAUGCCUCGACGUGUUGAAAAAUAACUGGUCUCCUGCGCUACAAAUUCGAACAAUUCUCUUGAGUAUUCAAGCUUUGCUUGGUGCGCCCAACCCAGAAGACCCAUUGAACGAAGCAGUCGCAAAACAGUGGAAGGAGAACCAGCCGGAGGCCAUAAAUACAGCCCGCGAGUGGACGCGGUUGUAUGCACAAAAUUGA